GCAUGCCCGAGGACGACGCUUUGGCAAGCUACCUCGAGAAGCUCAAGAAGGAGCUGCAAGCCAAAGGCGUCCCGAAAGCGCAGCUCGCCAUGCAGCUCGACAAGGAGUACAUUGCCAAGCGCCCGUACCUGUCGCCAGCGUUCACCAAGAUGGAAGUGCUUGCGAUUGUCUCGGCGUACGACGAGAGCGUCAUUGCGCUUCAAGAAAUGGGCAAGUCGGACUUCUUAGAUCCGCUCGGGUGGGACUUUCCGCCGUCCGAAGCCGUCCUCACCACCGUGCGCUGCGUCCUCUGGCUCUUCAACGUGCCGUCGCCGAAGGCCACAGCCGCUGUGCUUUGGUCGGGCGUCUGGGCCGCGUGGAUCGUCAAGAACAUUGACGCACACCUCUGCGGGUGGGAGUGGGUCGCGUGCAAUGAACCCAUGGGCCUCUUCACCAAGCCGUACGACCUCUCGCGCCAUCACCUUGACGACCUUCUGUUGUCGCUGCCGUCGACGUACCAAGUGCCGCCGACCGAUCCGUCGUGGCAGCGCAUGCCCGCGUACCUCCGACUCCGAGACUGGGUCUCCUGCGCCCUCAACCACGUGCACAUGCAAGCGCAUCUCUUGCCGACGGCGGUCGCGGCGCCGUACUUGGCCAAGGUCCUCGAGCCCCCGACCCGGACGCCAAAGGAAAACGUGUGGUUCAUGGCGCACACGGAGGACGGCGGCGUCCCGUACUACUACAACCGCGACACCCAAGCGUGCGUGCUUGAUGAGCCGCCGGACUUUGACGGCGCAAGGGCUGUCGUGCCCCGCUUCAUGGAGCUACAGAUGCUCGAGGUCCUUCUCUCAGACGCCAAGCUGCGUGCAGACGUUGAGGUCCGUCGCGUCGCACUCGAGCUCGCGCGGGACAAGGACAACGCGUGGGUCGAGUGCGUCGAUCCCGCAACCAAGGCGCGCUACUACUACAGCUUCCAGCGCUGCAAGCUCACGUUUUCGCGGCCCAACUCGCGCAACAUCAUCAAGGCCGAGAGCAGCCCGGGUUACCGCAGCGUCGUGCGCCUCCAGAGCGCGUACCGGCGGCGACAGGCGCUGUCGCUCGUGCGGGAGAAGCGCGCGAAGCGACAGCACAUGCCACGCUUCGCGUCGCGCCACUUUGGAUAG